AUUCGUAGCUGAGGGCCGGCGGGAAUGGCUCCCUAGGCUCGAAAAUUCUGCGGCAGCUCCACCUGCACGUGGGGACUGGCGCUCGCAGAUUUCCAUAGGCUGGGACCGAGCUAGACCGGAGCUGGGGCGCCUACACGAAUCAGCGGUGGCGAAUCGGCGGCGCGCGUAAUUAAGCUGGUGGCGGGUACGUCUGCUCCGGCUCUGGAUACAGGCUGAGUUGAGCUCAGUCAGACGGCUUACGGCCGGGAUCCCCUGGGCGUCCAGCACUUGCAUCGCAGGCCUGCCACAGAAUGGACCCUGUGCUGUCUGCUGUUCGCCUGACCGUAAGAGAAGCCAUUCAUACCCUCUCGUCUUCCGAGGAUAUUGACCUCAUUCUUUCCACUCUUGGAUUCCUGAAGCGGUAUUUGGGAGAAACAGAGGAUCCAGCACUCCCCGAGGAACAGGAGGAAUUUGCAACUGUUCACUUCUCUGCUUUUCUCAGAUGUCUGGUCAACAAGCUGAGCCCAGUCUGGCUGGAGCUGUCGCCUGAUGGCCAGUUGGAGGAGCUCUGGGACAGCUUUUUUCUGAAGGGCCCAGCUGACCAAGCCUUCCUAGUACUAAUGGAGGCUUUUGAGGGCACUGUUGGCCCUAGCUUCUGUCUGAUGAAGAUGGCACAGCUCCUGGCAAAUUUUCUGAGCCAGAGCAGGAUGGCAGCUUUAAUGGAGGAGCAGUGUCGGCCACAGAAGAAGCCCGGCUUCCCCCUGUUGCAGGAGACACUGCUCAACAAGGUGGUGGGCUUGCCUGAUCACUUGGGCAACUGCCUGCAGCAGGACAACCUGGCCCUGUUCUUCCCCCAAAACUAUUUUCGUUUGCUUGGCGAGGAAGUGGUUCGGGUACUACAAGGCAUCGUGGAUGCUCUACGAGGUGGUUUGGACUGCUCCGUUUCCUUCCUGUCUCAGGUCCUGGGGAAGAUCUGUAUCCAGGGGAGACAGAAAGAGAUCUUGGGUGUGUUGGUGCCCCGGCUGACAGUGCUCACCCAGGAGAGCUGCCUGUGGCAGCGGGUCUGCUGGCGCCUGAUGGAGCAAGUACCUGAUCGUACCAUGGAGGCCGUGCUGACAGGACUUGUGGUGGCUGCUCCAGGGCCAGAAGUUCUGUCGCGUUUACUGGGAAACCUGGUGGUAAAGAGCAAGAAAGCCCAGUUUGUGAUGACCCAGAAGCUUCUGUUCUUGAAGUACCAACACACAACAUCCAUGCUGCAGAGCCUGCUGGGGUAUUUGGCCUUGGACAGCCAGCGGCGGCCGCUCCUUAUACAGGCACUGAAAGAACUGCUGGAGACGUGGGGCAGCAGUAGUGCUGUCCGACAUGCACCCUUGGCACAGCAGCACUACCUCAGUGCAGCCAUCCUUGUCUGCCUAGCGCACGUAGGGGAGCCAGAGCUGCGGGACAGCCGGGAUGAAUUGCUGGCCAGCAUGAUGGCAGGUGUGAAGUGCCACCUUGACAGCAGUCUUCACACUGUACGCCGCCUGGGCAUGAUUGUAGCAGAAGUCGUCAGUUCCCGGAUACACUGUGAAGGGCCACAUCUCAAAUUCCAGUAUGAAGAUGAUGAGCUGAGCCGUGAGUUGCUGGCCUUGGCCACCCCCUGGACUGCAGGCAGCAGCACCUUAGAGGCAGAAGGCUCAUCACCAGCACCUGGUGCUGCAGAGAUGCUUGCAAAGACCAUGGAUGGUGGCGUAGAGUCUGCCAAUGGCAGUGUUGCCAAAGUUGGGCCACAGGGCUCUGACUCAGACCUAGACAGUGAUGAUGAAUUUAUCCCCUAUGACAUGUCAGGGGACAAAGAGUUGAAGAGCAGUAAGGCACCGCUGUAUAUCCGGGAUUGCAUAGAAGUGUUGACAUCAUCUGAGGAUAUGGAGCGUUGGGAGGCAGCCCUGCAGGCCCUCGAGAACCUGGUGUGCAGGAGCCCUGAGGCCACUCGAGAGGUAAGUGUGGAGCUGGCCAAGGUACUGCUGCACCUGGAGGAGAGGACCUGUGUGUCAGGAUUUGAGGGACUGCGCCAAAGAGCCUUGGUGGCCGUCACAGUCAUGGACCCAGCCCACGUGGCGGAGUAUUUGACCUCACAGUUCUAUGCUCUGAACUACAGUCUGCGGCAGCGCAUGGAUAUCUUGGAUGUCCUGACACUGGCAGCCCAGGAGCUAUCUCGGCCAGGGCAUCUUAAAAGGGAUCCUCAGCAGGUGUCCUGUGGUUCUGGAAGCCAGCGCUUGCCAGCCCUGGCUUCCUGUCAGCCUGACCACAGUACAGGUUCUGGCUGGCGAGCAGUUGUGGAAGAGAGAAUCAGAAGCAAGACCCGGCGGUUUUCCAAGGGCUUUCCCCGGCAGGAGCUGGCAAGUGGCCCCAAUGAAUUCAACUCUGUGGCUGGCUACUUUUUCUUCCCCCUCAUUCAACACUUCGACAGGCCUCUAGUGACCUUUGAUCUCUUGGGAGAGGACCAGUUGGUUCUUGGAAGACUGAUUCAUACUUUGGGAGCUUUGAUGUACCUGGCUGUUAAUACCACAGUGGCUGUGUCCAUGGGCAAGGCCUUGCUGGAGUUUGUGUGGGCCCUGAGGUUCCAUGUUGACAUCUAUGUGCGCAGGGGCCUGCUGUCUGCAGUAUCUUCCAUCCUCCUCAGUGUACCUGCCGAUCGACUGCUGGCAGACCUCUCUGAUGAGCUGCUGGAAGCCAGAUCCUGGCUGGCAGAUGUUGCUGAGAAGGAUGUGGAUGAGGACUGCAGGAAGCAGGCAGUGAGGACUCUGCUGCUUCUGGAGAGACUCAAGGACAAGUUUCUUCCCCUCACUCAUUAGCCCUCAGGGUUUCCCACUAUCCAAGAUCCAGAUGGAUCACUGCCAUGAGAAAGAUAGAGGGUCCAAAGAGUGGAACUGGGGUAGCCUUUGGGCUAUGCAACAUAGCCAGCUCUGGAGAGUGAUGGGGUACUGUGUGCACAUGCAGAAAGACCUGUACUCUACUCCUAGAGCUGCCCAUAGCCUGGCAAGGCCUCACACUGCCUGCCACAGGAUGGGGUAGCCAGAAUGCUGAACUGGAGCUGGGCUAGGGGUACCAGGCUGAGAAAACCUCCUCCCAAGAGUAGAGCCAGUGGGAGCUCCAGAAUGGAGAGGAGGGGCAAGUUGUUCAGAGCCCUCAAUACCCUCAUACAUUGGUGCCAGACCAGCAGAGCAGGCUUGGCCUUCUUGUGGGCUUCUCAUCAUUGGGUCCCUAGGAGAAUAAAUAGGACAGAAGUGUCAUGUA